AUGUUUGCCCCCAGUCACAUUACACGCCUUUCAUUUAUCAUUUUCUCUCGUGUAGUAAUCCAGGCCAUCCGUUGUGCCGAUCCUACACGUUUCAAGGGCCGGUGGGUGAUCGGCGUCGACCGCAAGGAGUGCGUCGCACUGGUCAAAGAGAAAUGCGAGGGCCUCCGCCGGCACACCACCCACAGGUGGCGCCGAGGCCUACACGUGCGCAGUAACUGCCGCAAGGUGCCACGCUGGUCGGCUAUUGCCACUUUUCUGGACGGCAGAAGUUACAGGGGACAUGCCGCCAUCUUCGAGUCAUGUGCAAAGGACGGCAUUUGGGUGUACGACCAAUGGAAUACCGCUCCCAUCAAGCGCCGUAAGAUCUCCUACGGAUACAGGAAGCCAAACUACAACGGCAACAACUUCUACAUGAUUAAGCUAUGAUUGGGCCCCGAUGAGAUGCACUGCAAGGUGACCGGCCACUCGGCAAGCCCAGAUCUAUUGGAAAUCAGGCUAAAUAAACACAAAAA